AUGAAUACUUCGGUUCUCACCCCCCUGGGAAAUAUUUCUGGUCACCUGAAUUUUUCAGAGAAGAACUCGCAGAUCUUGCAGUUUGAGGAUGAGGAUUGCCACGUGCCUCUGGCCAUGGUCUUCACUUUGGCCUUGGCUUACGGGACUGUGAUAAUUCUGGGAGUCUCUGGGAAUCUGGCCUUGAUUGUCAUUAUUUUAAAACAAAAGGAGAUGCGCAAUGUUACCAACAUCCUCAUUGUCAACCUGUCCUUUUCUGAUCUUCUAGUGACCAUCAUGUGUCUUCCCUUUACCUUUGUGUAUACUUUAAUGGACCACUGGAUUUUUGGGGAGGCCAUGUGCAAACUGAAUCCUUUCGUGCAAUGUGCCUCAAUCACCGUCUCGGUCUUUUCUUUAGUCCUCAUUGCUAUCGAACGCCAUCAGCUGAUCAUCAACCCCCGGGGCUGGAGGCCCAACAACAGACAUGCCUACCUGGGGAUUGCUGCCAUAUGGAUUUUAGCCACAGCUUCCUCAUUGCCUUUCCUGAUCUACCACGUGUUAACAGAUGAACCCUUCCGAAACAUAACAUUUGAUGAAUAUAAGGACAAAUAUGUGUGUUUGGACCUGUUCCCCUUGGACACUGCCAGGCUUUCUUAUACCACGACGCUUUUGGUGAUUCAAUACUUUGGACCGCUUUGUUUUAUAUUUAUUUGCUACUUAAAGAUAUACAUACGAUUAAAAAAAAGGAACAACAUGAUGGACAAGAUGAGAGACAAUAAGUACAGAUCCUCUGAAACCAAAAGGAUCAACAUCAUGCUGAUCUCAAUAGUGGUCGCAUUUGCAGUUUGCUGGCUGCCUCUCACCAUCUUCAACAUUGUGUUUGAUUGGAAUCACGAAAUUCUGCCUGUCGCUACCUGCAGCCACAACCUGUUGUUCCUCAUUUGCCACCUCACCGCCAUGAUCUCUACCUGCGUGAACCCCAUCUUCUACGGGUUUCUCAAUAAGAACUUCCAAAGGGACCUGCAGUUUUUAUUUCAUUUUUGUCAUUUCCGCUCCCGUGAGGAGGAUUAUGAGACUAUAGCCAUGUCCACCAUGCACACAGAUGUUUCAAAAACCUCUUUAAAGCAGGCAAGUCCAGUUGCAUUUAAAAAAAUAAAUAGCGACGAUGAUGACAAAAUAUAA